GCCUGCGGAGGCUCGCCUUCCUCCCCGCCCCGAGGUCGGGGGCUGCUGCCGUGGGAGCGUUCCGCAUUGCUCCGGCCCACCUUCCCAACCCCUACAGGCGUGGACCUCGAAGCCAUCAACAGCGUCUGGCACUUCUGAGCUCCGGUGGGCGAGGGCCUGCGGGUUUCCUUCUGCUAGGGAGGUCGGAGAGCGGAGGCGGAGGCAGUUUCAGGACUUAGGCCCUGCGGGCCGGAUCGGGUGAGACGCGCCCAUCAUUCGCCAUUCGGGCCGCGCGCGGCCCUCUUGGGACCUCACCGGCGACCCGUAGCUCGGGCACGCGCCUGUCGCAGCCCGCAGGAAGGAGGGGUCCCGCCUGAGGCCCGGGACAGAGGCCGCCAUGGAGGUCCCCUCGGCCCAGGGCCCGCGCCUGGGGCCUUGGGGGCGGCCCUGACCGUCCUCCUCCCUGCCGGCGCUGGGUCGCGGACGUGCCCCGGACGGCAGUCGGCCACCUCCGCCUCUCCGCCCUCCCCGGGCCGCACAGCUGCUUGGGCGCGGCGGCGACGGCGCCCUGUUGAAUGGGCUGCGAGGGCCCACGUUUGAAGCGCUGGCGAACGCGGCCUCCGGGGGCGCAAGGCAGCAGCAGCGGUGGCGACCAAACGGGUGUUGGAGUUGGCGGCGGCCAUGGAGGGCCUGGCUGGCUAUGUAUACAAGGCGGCCAGCGAGGGCAAGGUGCUGACCCUGGCCGCCUUGCUUCUGAACCGGUCUGAAAGCGACAUCCGCUAUCUGCUCGGCUAUGUCAGUCAGCAGGGAGGGCAGCGCUCCACGCCCCUCAUCAUCGCAGCCCGCAAUGGCCACGCCAAGGUGGUGCGCUUGCUGUUAGAACAUUACCGGGUGCAGACUCAGCAGACUGGCACCGUCCGCUUCGACGGGUAUGUCAUUGACGGUGCCACUGCUCUUUGGUGUGCAGCAGGAGCAGGACAUUUUGAAGUUGUUAAACUUCUAGUCAGCCAUGGAGCCAAUGUGAACCAUACUACAGUGACUAACUCGACACCCCUGCGGGCAGCAUGCUUUGAUGGCCGACUGGACAUUGUGAAAUACCUGGUUGAAAAUAAUGCCAACAUCAGCAUUGCCAACAAGUAUGACAACACCUGCCUAAUGAUUGCAGCAUAUAAGGGACAUACUGACGUGGUCAGGUACCUUUUAGAACAACGUGCUGAUCCCAAUGCUAAAGCACACUGUGGAGCCACAGCAUUGCACUUUGCAGCUGAAGCUGGGCACAUAGAUAUUGUGAAAGAGCUGAUAAAAUGGCGUGCUGCUAUAGUAGUGAACGGCCAUGGGAUGACACCAUUAAAAGUAGCUGCCGAAAGCUGUAAAGCUGAUGUUGUGGAACUGUUGCUCUCACAUGCUGAUUGUGACCGAAGGAGUCGGAUUGAGGCUUUGGAACUCUUGGGCGCCUCCUUUGCAAAUGACCGUGAGAACUAUGACAUCAUGAAGACAUACCACUAUUUAUAUUUAGCCAUGUUGGAGAGGUUUCAAGAUGGUGAUAACAUUCUUGAGAAAGAGGUUCUCCCACCAAUCCAUGCUUAUGGGAAUAGAACUGAAUGUAGAAAUCCUCAGGAACUGGAAUCUAUUCGGCAAGACAGAGAUGCUCUUCAUAUGGAAGGCCUUAUAGUUCGGGAACGGAUUUUAGGUGCCGACAAUAUUGAUGUUUCCCAUCCCAUCAUUUACAGGGGAGCUGUUUAUGCAGAUAAUAUGGAAUUCGAACAGUGUAUCAAGUUGUGGCUUCACGCCCUGCACCUCAGACAGAAAGGUAACAGGAAUACCCACAAGGAUCUUCUUCGAUUUGCUCAAGUUUUCUCACAGAUGAUACAUUUGAAUGAAACUGUGAAGGCCCCAGACAUAGAAUGUGUUUUGAGAUGCAGUGUUUUGGAAAUAGAACAGAGUAUGAACAGAGUAAGAAGUAUUUCAGAUGCUGAUGUCCACAAUGCUAUGGACAAUUAUGAAUGUAAUCUCUAUACUUUUUUGUAUUUAGUGUGCAUCUCCACCAAAACACAGUGCAGUGAAGAAGAUCAGUGCAAAAUUAACAAGCAGAUCUACAACCUGAUUCACCUUGAUCCCAGAACUCGGGAAGGUUUCACCUUGCUGCAUCUAGCUGUCAACUCAAAUACUCCAGUUGAUGAUUUCCACACCAAUGAUGUCUGCAGCUUUCCAAAUGCGCUUGUCACCAAGCUCCUGCUGGACUGUGGUGCUGAGGUAAACGCUGUGGACAAUGAGGGGAACAGCGCCCUUCAUAUUAUCGUUCAGUACAACAGGCCCAUCAGUGAUUUUUUGACCUUGCACUCUAUCAUCAUUAGCCUAGUUGAAGCUGGCGCUCACACUGACAUGACAAAUAAACAGAAUAAGACUCCGCUAGACAAAAGUACAACUGGGGUAUCUGAAAUACUACUUAAAACUCAAAUGAAGAUGAGUCUCAAGUGCCUGGCUGCCCGAGCAGUUCGGGCUAAUGACAUUAACUACCAAGACCAGAUCCCCAGAACUCUUGAAGAGUUUGUUGGAUUUCAUUAAGUGACUGGAUAUGUAAAAUCGUUUAAUGUGGUGCUAAAAAGUAAAGAACUUUAAUCACAGACAAUAGAAUUAUGUGUUCAUAAAUUCUACUUUUCUUUCCACUACUCUUUCUCCCUACCUAUCUUUAGUUCUGUAUUUGGUUUUCUUGCCUCAUAUGGUAAUUGAUUUCAAAUACACUUGAAACAAAGCCACAUUGUUUAGGUGUAACUAAUCUAAGGUGUUUGAAUAUUGGUCACUUAACUAUUUUUCUUUUUAAGGAACAAAUAUAAAAUAUUUUGUUUAUGUAACAAGGAACAUUUAUGAUUUGAAGUUGAUAAUGUUUGAAAAAACUGCAUACAAAAGUAUUUCUGUUAAGCCUUUGUCAGCGUGUUAUCCUUGUAGCAGUUUUGAGGAUUUCAUGAAGGAAAACAACUAAAGAAGAACAUUAAAAGUAAUGGGAUACCCAGGUGUUCUGCACAUGCCAAACUGCUGUAGGUAGUUUUCACUCUUCCAUUAUUUAUGUGGACUGAUACAACGCAUUAUAACACCAGGAGGAUUUAAAAAAAUAUAGCUGCCGAUUAUUCUGAAAAAUAUGCUAAUUUAACAAUAGUUACAAAUUUCUAAAGUUAAAUCCAAAUUGUUGCAUUAUGCUGCGUAGUAUACAAAGUAGUAAUCUUAAAGCAACUUUUCAAAGAAUGUCAAUGGACUAUUUGCCUUUAGGCUUUGAAGUCUAAAAUUCUUUGAAGUCUCUGUUUUAAUACAGUUUAUCUAAAUUGCAGCAGUCUGCAUUUGACUCAGCUCACAGACAUGUCAAAAUUAUGAAGGAUGUGUUUUCUUAUGAAACAAAUGGUCACAUAUUGUUACACAUUUUAUUUUUGUUCCUUUCUCCCGUUCCUCCUUGCGUACAUAUUGUUACACAUUUUAUUUUUGUUCCUUUCUCCCGUUCCUCCUUGCGUGGUAUCUUAAAAUUUGGAAAUUACUUUUCCAGAGAGCAUUAUUUGUGCCUCCUUAAUAUGGUGUGUAUGACAGAUGAAAAGGAACCAGGAUAUUUUUAAUUUUUUCACUUUCUUUACUUAGUCUUUGAUAAGAAGUAGAAAAAAUCAGUAGUGUGGUAUAGGAAAUGUUUUUGAUGAUGAAAAUAAUUUGCAAUGCCACUUUGAAAGGUAUUUCUGUCUGAGAGUUGCAAACUUUUCAGUCACAAAAAUGUCACUUAUUCUGACAGGACAGAGGUAUUUUUAUUUUUAUUUUGUUUUAAUGGCAACAUUUUAAGUGUCAGACCAAAAGAGUAUUCUGUGAUUAUCUAUUAAGCAUCACAGAAAUUCAAGUAAAGGGUACACACCUAUUUUUAUUAAUGUUAAAAAUGAUAAAGUAAAAUUAGCUAUAUCUGUAUUUUUCUCUCUAGUGCCAAAUGAAUGCCUUAGCUACUCAUAGUGCAUGAUACUGUAAGAUCUACAGCUGUUUUUCCCUUUAAUGAAAAGCAUUAUAAUGGUGUAGCAACAUCAGUUAUAAACUUAAAAAAAACAAACUGUAAGGUUUCAGUUAACAUUUUAUCUACGGAUAUUGCUUUGUGAAGUAUAAGAGAAAGGUUGCAGUUGGAUCAGUAUAAAACAACAAUAAAGCCAAAAUCAGCACCUACGGCCUUAAAUAAAAUAGAGAUACCCGACAAAAUGAAAUACUUUGAAGGGAGGGGUUAGGAGGGGGAACUUUAAAAACUUUUUCCCCAAGAAUGCAAGAUACUUUUACAGCUACUGUAGUUACACUUCGUUUGUCUUCUUGCUUCAGUUAGGAAUGUUUUAAUAGUAAAUUCUGUCAUGGUAAUAUAUUUCUGUUUUCCUAACCUGAGAUUUUUACAAGGAAGGUUUUUAGGAUGUUUAAAGGGAAGUAUUUGAAUGAGCCCUAAUUUGAAAAUUACUGGCUUGAUCCUCCUGGUGUACUUCAUGGACUUGAAAGAGAAAAUGCAUCCUCAAGGUGAGUGAAUCACGUCUUUCCACAGCUCAGAUCAGACCCUAUAUUUUUCAGACUCCAAGGCCUGCUUAUUUGACAGUUUGAGGAAUGGCUAUGAUACUUGGUAUUCAGUUGGUUUCAUUAUUAAUGUGUAUGAUUUUUAAACACCAAAACUUAAAAUAUCAGAUAAUGUUGCAUGUUUUAAAAACCAUUUCAUCCCUUGGCUACCCAGGACCAGCACUAUUUUAGAUAUUGCUUCUUUAUAAAAUGAGGAUAAUGAUUAUAUGUACAUAUUUAGACAUCAAAAUUAAUGACACAGCGUUUUUGAGAAGGGAGAACUGAAUACUGGAGAAAGUAAAACUGCUGAUUGAAAUGCUGACAAAGUUGGAGAAAGAAUUUGAAGACAGUGGAAUAAACUAUGAACUCUGCUAAUGGUAACUGAGGUUUUUUUUUUUAACAAUAGUAUAGUAGUACAUUGUGCACUAUAUUGCUAAGGAUCUAAUUCUGUCUUGUAAAAUAAAUACAAAUAUAUAUUGUGAAACACCUGUAUAAAACCAUUCUUAAAACAAGUAAUCUACAUGCCUGUUUUUUAUUUGUUUUUGAUAGAAUUAUUUUAAAAUAUGUUUAGCCAAACCCUUCCCAAGCUUAUUUUUUUUUUUUAAAGGAAAUAAAGAGGUAAGAAAGAUGAUAGUUCUGUGUCUCAGCUCUUUGAGAACUCAAGGCUGUCUCUGUUUUCUAGCCACUUUUGUCAUUUUAUGUUUCUUCUUGGUAGGAUUAAGUUUUGGAUUGUAAGUCUUCCUUGGUAACAUUACAAAUUCAAUCAAAACUUCUUUGUCUUGCUCAAUAAUUGUCAUAUAAAUUUGGUUGAACUAGAAGCCCAGGUGGAUGAAUGCCUGAGCAAACCAUGUAAAACUGAGCUUGGUUUUGUGCCUUUAAUAGAGUUGGUGACAUUGAAUUCUUGAUUUUAGGUAACUAACUCAAGGAACAGGCAGCAAAUCCGUUCCCUAAACUGAUAAAGAAGGGGGACAUUUUUGACAUAAGAACUCUGACACAACAUCGUUGUUUUUUAGUCUAUCCUGGAUUGCUCUAGUAGGUCCCGGUUCUUUGACCUGAAGGUUCUUUGCUGUGGGCACUUCAAACUGACAAACCAACCAAAAGGGAAGCCUUGGUCUUGCUCAUUUCUGGGAAGGGUUUUAUUUCGUGAUACUAAUUAUUGAUUAAUAACUGGUAAUUAUGAGAAACUUAGGUGUGAUAGCACUAUGUGAAAGAAAAUGUGAUUUUGGGGCAGCUGCUCCCUGAGUAUCUAUCUAACUCUGCAUUUGGCAAGUGUUUUUGAAAAUUAAGAUCCCAAGGGAACAACACUCUGUCACCAGUCUCCACCACAGUCCAGGCAGCUCCUUUAUGAAUAAGACCGUUUUGGAUUAUUCAAGCAGAAGCAUUUCUUUCUUUCUUUUUUUUUUUGGAAUGGGCAGGGUGAGGAGUGAGUUGCUGGACCUUGGAUUACAGUUUGCUGGUUUUAGAAACCGUUGGUGAUUGAACUAGUGAGUAGAUGGAUAAAAGUAUAAAGGACUUGUUUUUAUGGUAGAUUUUCUGUAAAAAUCUUAAAUGUUUCUUUGCAGGCUAGCCAGAUGUAUCCAUGUACAGAUGACUAUUCUGUUUUUCUCACUGACUAUACUAUAACAUUAAAAUGGUUUAAAGAAAUCUAAACACUGCCUUUUGCUCUAUGAAAAGUUGCUAGUUCAUAAGAUUUUAAGCUGUGUGUUCAUUCCUGUUGUGAAAAUGCACAGCUCUGCUCUGGGUAUCUUCUGGAAAGUAAAAAGUUCCUAAUUAUGUAUGGCACAUGGUGGGGCUUUCUCAUACAUUUCUGGUAGACUUGCCCAAGUCUUCAGAUGGGCUGAGUUGUAUAGCAUCGCCUCCCCCAAAUAAUGGGAUCUGAAAUAAAUAUUACAUUGAUAGUGGUGAUAGAUAUAUUAAUUUUUAAAACUAUAAAGUAAAUGUGGUCUCUAGUCCUAGGUUCGUGGUGUGUUCAUUUGUGUUAAUGUGUAGGGAAGGGACAUUGACUUGAUGGUUAUGGGGAGUAUAUCUUGAUGUGUCUGCAGGGGUGAGUAUUGCUAAAUUAUUAACAGCUUUUCAUUUAGGGGUGAGUCACGUGAUGAAUGGCCUAAUCAGAAAAAUGAAGGAGUGAAGAUGCAAGCUUUGCCAAGUGAUGAAGUGAACAAGGUUUUGUAUCUGUUUUUUAUCAGGUGUAAAAUUUAUGCAUGGCUUUUUUUGUUGUUGCUUAGUAAUUGGUAGAGGAGAAAACAUGAGGGAAAAAAACCUCAGCUUUGCUAACCAAUCUUUUCAGAGGUACAUAGUUGGGGAGUAAAAUCUGACUGGCCUAACGUGUUGAAAGAUCCUAUCCUUUAUAAUAUUCACCCCAUCCUGCAAUCCUCCAUGUAGAGGAACUAAAUGGUUGUAUUCUAGUAAUUCACUGUGAUUUAUAACAAACCAGUGAUGUCAUUCUAUUGUGCACUUUUGUCAAACCAUUUACAUGACUUUAAUAAACUUAGUAAACUUGCUGACUGCA